CUGCUUGGUUCUCCAACUCGCGGGUUUCUGGAGUUCUUCGCAAACCCUAGAAUUCGUUCGGUUCUCUUUGGGAUUGUUCAUCGAUUUCGAGGCGGCGAAUUGAAUCCAGAUUUGAGGAACUAGGGUUUGGUAUCAUGGGUUGGGGCCCGUCUACGGAUGUGGUCUCCACCGGAGAGCUUGAUCUCAACGCGUCUGCGGUUGCGGAGCCGGGGAUGGAGGUUUCUGAUGGUGUUGGGAUUGGAAACGGAGUUGAAGCGAGGGAGGAUGGUGGAUUGUUUGAGGAGAAGGAUCUGAGAGUGGAGAAUGAUGUGGGGGUGAAGAAUACGAUUGGUGGUUCUGGAAGUAAUGGUGUUGUUGGGAAAAAGGUGGUAGAUUUGGAGAGAACGUUGGAAGAUGAUGAUUUGGGUGAGGACACUGGUGAUCGGAUGGUUGAUGAGGAGCGGAAAUUAGAGGAUGGGGGCAUGCGGAUUGAGGAGGAGGCCGAUGAUAAAAAUGAACUGGUGGCACAGAUGCAAUCUGCUGAGGAAAUCAUUGGAGAGGAAACGAAGUUGUGUGAUGAUCAAGAUGAGGAUUUGGGCAACAAGGCCGAAAACCAGAUGGAAGAUGCCGCCAUAGAUGCAGGUGGUGAUGGUGAUGGGAAGGUGCCGGUUGAGGAACAACAGCAAUCUCAAACAGUGAGAAAGAGAGGCCGGAAAAGGGCACCAGGAAUUUUGUCUUUUCAGGAUGUUGAAUUUCCUAGAUACAAAUGGUCUUCUGCAGAGGAGAAAGUUGGGCUUUCUGUUCCUGACUUGGUCUGGGGUAAAGUGAGGAGCCAUCCUUGGUGGCCUGGUCAGAUUUUUGAUGCUUUAGAUGCAUCAGAUAUGGCCCUGAAGCACAAUAAAAAGGACAACCACUUGGUGGCUUAUUUUGGAGAUAAAACUUUUGCUUGGUGUGAUGAAUCCCAAUUGAAACCUUUUUUGCCACACUUCUCUCAAAUGGAAAAGCAGAGCAAUUUGGAUGCGUUUGUAGAUGCUGUUGAUUGUGUCUUGGAGGAAGUGUCAAGACGGACGGAGUUGGGAAUGAUGUGUAAUUGUAUUCCUGAAGAAGCUUAUUAUACUCUUAAGUACCAAACUGUUGAUAAUGCUGGGAUUCGAGAAGGAACAUAUAGUGCUGCUGCCGAUAGAUUCUUGAAUGCUAGUUCUUUUCGACCUGAUAGACUUCUGGAGUACAUUGGGGCAUUAGCUCAUUCCCCUUACAGUGGAGCAGAUUAUUUGGAUCUUGUUAUUGCUAAGGCUCAGCUGAAGGCCUUUUAUCAGUCCAAGGGUUAUCCAGAACUGCCUCAAUUCCUUCCUGGUGGUACUUUAGUGGAGAACGAUGCUGAGAUUUUACCUUCCCAGUCUGAAAUAUCCGAGGAAGAUGAAACAAAACUGACACUUUCCAAGAUGAUUUCUGGAAAGAGGAAGUUGAAAGUUAGAAGAAGUUUAUUAAGCAAUCGCAGGCAUGUCAAAGAGGAGGGAAGAAAAAAGAAGAGUUUGUCUGAAUUAAUGGAAGUAACAUUAAAUGAUGCCAUUGGAAGCCAAUCUUGGGGAAAAGCCUAUGGACAAUCAGAAUUGGUUCCUUUUGAUAAGCAUUGGAAGGGCCUCACUGCAGAUUCUGCUGGACCAGGAAAAAAUAAGAAGAAAAGGCUUGAUGCAUUAGGAGAUUUAGACACUGAGCCAUUGUCUCCAACCUCUUCUAAACCUUUAAAGGUUGGAGAACGAAUCAGUCGAAUUGCAAGCCAGAUAGCAUGUUCACCUUCUAUCUUUGAGCAGGAUGAUGGAAUAUCCAAGAAGGGUGUGGGCAAGAGUGGUAAAAGAAAAGGCAUCACAAUUGUUAGUGAUGCUCUACCACAUUCUCUUGUUGGGUCUAGGAGGAAAAAGGGAAACGUCCCAAAAGAUAAUUCUUCACCAAGUGAAAUGCUCUCACAACUUUGUUUAGUUGCAAGAGAUCCUAUGAAGGAACAUGGUUUUGAGUCUGCAGUAGUAAGUUUCUUCACUGGCGUGAGGGGAAUGGUUUCUUCUUCCUCCAUGGAGGUCAGAAAUCAUAUGGGGCAAAAGGAGAGGAAAAGGGGGAGAAAAAAAAAAUCAGCUAACUCUGAGCCAUCUCCAUCUGAUCCAUCUAAUUCUGAGUACAAGUUGGACUCCUACUGGUCUGAUAUCAUGUUUGAGGACAGUCAAGAGAAAUCAGUGCAAACUAAUCGGCAGAAAAGGCAAGCGGAUUCUCAGGGUGCAGUUGCAUAAGAGAAGAAGAAGAAAAGGAAGAAAAUUGAGAUGAAGAAGCCUGUAGAAGAAGCUUCAUCUGCAAUUCCUCUGGAACCUGUGCUGGAAAGUAAACAAAAACUUCAGGAUGGUUCAAUUUGCAGUUUUGUUGAAAAACCUGCAGAGGAAUGGUCACCUACUACUCUGAUUUUGAGUUUUACUGAGUCAGACGCCCUUCCUUCUGAAGCAGAUGUUGUCAGGAUUUUUGGUCAAUAUGGUCCUCUGGAUGAAGCUGAGACAGAAGUUAUGAAGAAGAACAACCGAGCUAAAGUUGUUUUCAAGAGGCGUGCUGAUGCAGAAAUGGCUUUCAGCAGUGCCGGUAAAUUCAGCAUCUUUGGACCAGCUCUUGUCAGUUAUCGGCUUAGGUACUCAACAUCGAAGCCCAAAGCUCCGUUGAAUUCUGCGAUGAAAACCAAUGAAGGAACUUCGAAUUGUGAAGUUACAAACUCAGUUGUUCUGGCCCAAGAAGUAUCUGCCGAGUCAGAUAAUGCACAAAUUCCAGCUCAAGAAGCUACCCUAUUAUCAGAUGGUGCACAGGUUGAAGUUACUACUAAAGGAUCGUCAGAGUGACAUUGAUAAGUUGUUUUCAUCUGGCAUGGCGUUAGUCUUGUUUAUAGCCUUGAGGUUUAUAUGUUUUAAGCUUAGAGCAAUACAUAUUCAACAAAAAUAUAUCUGGAGUUUUCACAAAUAGAUUCUACUACUAUAUCCUCGCUCACAUGCAAAAAUUUGUGAUGAGAGCUCCAAUGCUAGAGCUUCUACACUGACAUUUUCAUACUUAGCAAAGAAAAGCAGACAGAGUUUUGUGGAUAUUAGGUUUGGGAGCUAUAGAGCUAUAGAGCACUGUUUUUAGUGUUAUAUGUAAAUAUUUGUCCAGAGUCUUGGAGUUUCAUUACAAACAUUUUUUUUAAUGCUUCAAUAUGUUAUACAUUUCAAUUUUAUGGUCCAGAUCUUCCAUUCA